AUGCCGACCCCGAGUGACAACACACCACGACUGGAUGCCACUUCAAUCGUCGAUGAACUCUCUGCUCGCACCACUUGCCCACCUGAGCUCGAGCGAUCAUCGUCUUGGAGAGGCUCGCCGGAUUCCUCCACCGCGGAGGGCGAUGUUAGUGAUAAUGCGCUCUCCCAGGCCAUUGCGUCGGCGCAGUCCGAGUUAGUUCGGUCAGACGAUGAUGCCGUCGGUCAAUCUAUCUCCGAUCCAUUAGGUAGUGUUGGUACACCCAUGAAGGCCACGUCUAAGGCGGCCGACGAGCCGACUGUCGGGAGAUUGAGUCCAACGGCCGACUCGUCACGUACCUCCAACUCCCCGCCUCCAGUCGGUGCACCUUCCACUUCUUCCCUCCUUAGUUAUGAGUUUUCUAAUAUUCGGCUUGUUCCAAAUUAUACCUCGUCCUUUCUACGUCCCGGGAGCAAAUUCACGGGUACACAGCAGUCGGAUCGUCAGGUGUACAAUGUAGAUGUAGAGAUAAAGCAUGUUGACAUGGCUGAGUCCUACCUCUGCGGGUACCUUCGUAUACAAGGACUGACAGAGGAUCAUCCCACUUUGACGACGUUUUUCGAGGGAGAGAUCAUUGGCACCAAACACACUUUCACAACCAGGAAUGAAGCAUGGGGUGCUACCGAGAAAACUGACAUGCAUCACUGGGCACGGUUUCCUGCUUGGCGACCCCUGGCUAAGCUGGUUAAGAGACCAGACUUCACCUGCCGGAAUUUUGCCCAGCGCGAGCAUCUCUUCAUGCGGUGGAAGGAAUAUUUCCUUGUUCCUGACCAUCGAGUGCGGUCAAUCUCAGGUGCAAGCUUUGAGGGUUUCUACUAUAUCUGCUUCAAUCAGGUAGAGGGAACUGUGACUGGAAUUUACUUCCAUGCAAAGAGUGAGAAGUACCAGCAGUUGGAACUGAAACACGUCGAAGAUCAUGGCUGUACCCCUGCUAUUGAGUUCCGCUGA